AUGUGCCACUUUCAGGUCUCCUCACACUGCUGGUGGGUUCCAUUUUGUCAUAGGGUGCUGGCAGAUUACGGGCCUCCCAUUGCUGCUGCCAGGCCCGUAAUCUGCCAUGGGCCCCCGUACCGCCUCCUCAUGCUGCUGCCAGGUCCAGAGUGUGUCAUGGGUCCCUGUACGGCCUCCCAUUGCUGCUGUCUCCAUCGCCACACUCUGCCAUGUGCCACUUUCAGGUCUCCUCACACUGCUGGUGGGUUCCAUUUUGUCAUAGGGUGCUGGCAGAUUACGGGCCUCCCAUUGCUGCUGCCAGGCCCGUAAUCUGCCAUGGGCCCCCGUACCGCC